AUGUCACUGAGACACCUUUUAAGAUCGCAACGAGUAUUACAACAACAACGACCAUGGGUACGCCCUGCGCCAUUCAAACAACAGCUUCUCAAACCAGCUUCAUUACGACGACCUUUUCAUACAACUCGUCCACAACAAAGCCCACUCAUUCCUCUUCCAGCCAUGAUUAUCUCAGCGUUGAAGACCGGCAAACUUGUUAGCCUUGUAUCAUUCUCCUCCAAGACGUCCUUGACCUUAUUACCGCAUACAUUAUAUAAUCAAAAGACUCGCACCUACAUGAAGUUCCUUGCCGGUAUUCCCGUGAUUGGACUUUCCUUGUUGGUUCUCGUGGGUCUUGAUCAGGCACCGAAUACAGGUCGAUUACGGUUGAUCUUUUUGACCGAAGCGGAGGAACUUGAGCGUGUACAAAUGGAAGUGGAUCAGAUUGUCGACUCUCAGUUUGGUUUGGUGGCACCACGUGACAAUGAAUAUGUACAAUGGCUGCAAACCAUUGUCGACAACAUCUCCGCCGUUGCCAUUGACGACGUCCGAGACCCGGUACGACAAUACGACCCCGAACAAAAGAAAAAGUUUGAUGUGGAUGUGGUGUGUGAUGCUUCGACGUUGAAUGCAAUGUGCGCUGGUGAACGGAUCCUGGUCUAUGAUUUGAUGGUCCAUUACAUGGGAUAUGAUACCAAUCGCAUGGCCGUGAUUCUCUCGCAUGAAAUAGCACACUCUAUUCAACGGCAUUUUGUGGAACAACAUGGUAUGGCCUCGCUCAUGUUUAUGCUUGGAGAUAUGACACGUGGCGUGUUUUGGAUUGCAACGGAAUGGCUUGGACCAUAUAUCAACCAAAAGAUCAAUGAAGUCAUUUCAACUUUUAUUACAAUGGAAACACAAACGACCUACAAUCGAGUACUGGAAAAAGAGGCGGAUUUAGUGGGCUUGAAGCUUCUUGCCAAAGCAGGUUAUGAUCCAACAAUUGCCAUCGAAGUUUGGGAGCACAUGGCCAACCUAGACAAGAAGGACAUCAAGACAAAUACCACCGUUGUGCCAUCCGAGCCGAAAAAGUCGUUUGAAAACCUCGAUUUGGGCGUGCAGGAAUUCUUGUCUCAGUUGCUUGAUUCAUGGUUUGGAUCUACUCAUCCACCAAGCGAAGAACGAAUUGCAUACAUGCGACAGCAUAUGGAUGAAGCCGUCGAACUUUAUCAACAAGCCCUCCAAGUCAAUGGUCAUCCCAAAGAAUACAUAUUUGAAAACCAAGUCCAACAAAAUGCUUCCAACGAUAUGAAUGAAGGGCAAGAACAGGGUAAGCAAUCCAAAUCAUGGUACAAAUCACUCUAUGGUAUGUUUUGGGGUGGAAGCGAUCCUGUCGAGACAACAACACCAGCCCCGGCGGCUGCUCUUCCAUAG